CCGGCUCGCGGCUGCAGUCUCUGCCAGACACUGUUGCAUCUUGACACCCUCCGGAGAAAUGAUCCCCAUCUCGUCUUGGCUGGUCCUCCUGGUGGUCUCAGGACCCCCUUGGGCGGCCGGGGAGGGGCUCCAGGACAUAUUGGGUGUCCACGUUCCCAAGGUGAGUUUGGGAGAUUUGCCGGGUAGCGGGGAGCAACCGUCUGGGAGAGGGGUGUUGGGAAGAUUUUGGGGGCGCAACUGGGCCCCGUAUACCCCAGCCGUGCCUGGAUUCGGCCUCAGGGCGUUUCACGCCGGAGAUCCCUCUGAGCACGUCCAGAGUGCUUGCAGCAACGUCGGAAGCAGGGAGAACGCCGUCUGCGUCAUAGGAUGGCGCAACGUUUAUAAAGGUAAGCCUGUCCUGGAGAAUUUCCACCCACUAGAACUUGUGGAUAUACAAUGAAGGUGAGCAUUGGAAGAGUCAGGCCAGGCCAAAAGAAGUCCUCUUUUGUGCACUUAAACUGUGGAACUCCCUGCCACAGGAUUCUUCUGAUGGGAGUGGAGGACUCCUCCUCCUUCCCAGACAGGAGACUGGGCUCUGGGUGGGCUGCAUUCAGCCCCACAUCUCCCGCUGACGCUUUGGGUUCGGCCUCGGGGACAUUUCGUGCUGGAGAUCUCUCUGAGCAUGUCCAGAGUGCCUUCAGCAGCGCCAAGGAAAAGAAUGUCUUUAAAGAAGAGAGGCAGGGGAAAUAAAUAUCAGAGGCUCCUUCAUGAAAUGAUUGCUCUGCCCUCACAAAAUCCCUGGCGCCUUUUCGCAACUACGCCACAGGCAGGAGCUCAACAGGUGAAGUUUUCCCUGGAGGCUGUCUUUGCAAAGCAUCAUGGGGUUUGUAGUUUCCUCCCUGCAAUGGAGAGGCAGUGUGUGAUGGGAAAUUAGUUUUUAGAGUUUGGGAAGGGUUUCCCACCCCCACAGGUCACCUAAUAUUUUGAAAGUAAAGAACUGAAUUACUUGGUCCCUGCUAUAUUUUUUUCCUGACGGGCUCCUAGCCCCUUUCAGAGCUCUAUCUGAAGAUCACUGGGCAGUUUACAAUAUAAAAAGACAAAAACACAUGCCGUCAUAACAAACAAAAACAAUACCCGCCCCCAAACACACUGUGUGUGUUUUUAAAAAUAAUAAUUGCCUUACAGCUUUGUGGAGCGGGGGGGAGAAGGAAAAAGAGAAGAGGAAGGAAGGAAGGAAGGAAAGAAAGAACUAAAAAUGUUGAAGUAGUACCUACCUACCUAUAUAAAAUAAUAAAAGUAAAAAUAAAAGGGUAUAUAAAAAAAAACCUUUGGGAGAAUGAGGGGAAGGAAAAAUAUAUUGUUAUUAAAUAAUCUGUUUUAUUUUGUGUGUGUGUGUCUUUAAAAACAAAAAAAGGGAAAAAGAAAAGAAAAACAAUAGCAAAGGCAAUAAGGUGAAAUAGUAAAAAAUAGUGAUGGUAAUGAUGAAAGGUUUUGGACACCAAUAGAUCCCCCCCCCAAUUUAAUUUUAAAGGUAAUGAUAAUAAUAAUAAUAAAAAGAAGAGGAAAUCAGGGCUGAAGCAGAGGUCCCAGGAAGUGGCCUGGGUUGGCUCAGGCCUCCUUCAUGGGUGCCAACAUUUUAAUUCCUCAGAGAUUUUGAAGAAGAAGAAGAAGAGGAAGAAAGUUUGGGUCUUGUGUCCCUCCCCCUAUUUCCCUCUCUUCUCUUCCCAACCCAAUACUCCAUGCAACACUAACGUCUCGCAACACAUGAAACUGGUCUGUAGACAAUGCAAUGCAUGUGUUUUUGUAAAGUAAUAAAUUGCGGGUGGCGCUGUGGGUUAAACCACAGAGCCUAGGGCUUGCCGAUCAGAAGGUCGGCGGUUCGAAUCCCCGCGACGGGGUGAGCUCCUGUUGCUCGGUCCCUGCUCCUGCCCACCUAGCAGUCUGAAAGCACGUCAAAGUGCAAGUAGAUAAAUAGGUACCACUCCGGCAGGAAGGUAAACGGCGUUUCCGUGCGCUGCUCUGGUUCGCCAGAAGCGGCUUAGUCAUGCUGGCCACAUGACCCGGAAGCUGUACGCCGGCUCCCUCGGCCAGUAAAGCGAGAUGAGCGCCGCAACCCCAGAGUUGGCCACGGCUGGACCUGGUGGUCAGGGGUCCCUUUACCUUUACCUUUAAAUCUUUAAUAAUAAUAAUAAUAAUAGCCUUACAGCUAAUACAGUAUAACUGCUCAUCCGCACAGCAGGAAGGGGAUUUGAUUGACUUACAUCUAGUGGCCUCUGUUUAUAGGGCCCCGGGGCUUUUCACAGCUGGCCUACAGGCAGAAAUUCAACAGGUGAAACCCACCAUCUCCACUUCCUACUGACCAAAGCUUUAUAGGUUGAAAUUGUGCCUAUUGCACAAUUUAAAAGCGUAGAUUCCCCCUUCCGGGUGGGUGGGUAAAUAAGGCGUCUAUUGCAGAUCCUUAUUUAUUUAUUUAAGGCAAAUAGGGCGUAAUUCUGUUAUUUUUCUUCCCCCGCGGAAUUAAUCCAGAUUUCAUUCCCACGAGACGCCAGCGCAAGAAAGAAACGCCGAAUUGACAAUGGCUCCGAGCUGCACCGAAAACGAGCCCUGCUAUUAAUUAAUUACAAUUGGCUUUCUAAAGCAGUUUACGCAGGGGGAAAAAUAUGUAUUAAAUUUCAACGGGGCAACAGCGCCACCUUGUGGCGUUGAGGUGUAAUGAACUGUGGAAUAUUCUUUAUUUGCAGCAGCAUCAUCACCACCUACCGGUCAGUUCUGGUAAUUCACCCGUUCCCUAUUUCUUUUCCGGGUCGGUGCUGCCACCUAGUGGCCAAUGAUGGUAAAUGGCCAUUAUAUCUUUUCCCCCCAGUACGGCCAGUGCUUCCAGUCCGUUUCUGGAGAGGCAGGUGCUUUGAACGUUGGGCAGAGAUGGGGAGACCCCUCCCCAACGGCCACAUUGGUCAUCGAUCCACGCACGGUGACAAGGUAAGCGCCUGAGUCAUGCUGCGAGGUCCUGAGAGCCAUCGGGACAGUGGCGUAGCAAGGUCAGAGGGUACCCAGGGCGGAAAAUUUCUUGUCAAAACCCCACUGCCCAGUGAAAUUAUUAAAAGAAGGGAAAAACCUGAGAACCUGAGAAAGUUUCUGGAUUUUCAGUGAGUUUAUAAAACUGGUGGAAUAAUAAUAAUAAUAAUAAUAAUAAUAAUAAUAUUUGUGCCCCAUCCAUCUGACUGGGUUUCCGCAGCUACUCUGGGCAGCUUCCAACAUAUAUAAAAACACAAUAAAUCAUUAAACCUUGAAAAGCUUUCUGCAUUUCGGGGGUUGGUCUAGAUGACCCUCAGAGGUCCCGUCCAACUCUACCAUUCUGGGAUUAAGUGGGGCCUGGCUGAUCUCAGCAGCUUCUGAUUCCGUCUCCCCAGUGCCACCUCCUAUUUCGACUUCCGCACCUUCGACCCGGAAGGCGUGAUCUUCUACGGGGACAUGAGCCCCGGAGUCAACUGGUUCCUCCUGGCUCUGCGCAAUGGCAAACCCGAAAUCCAGAUCCACAACACCUUGACGAACGUCACCGUUUCCGGGGGGCAGCGCCUCGACGACGGCCAGUGGCACCGGGUACGGUGUGUGUGUGUGUGUGUGUGUGUUCCUGUGACAGAUGCAAAGUUUAGGUAGAUGAAGACGCAACUCACUCUACACACACAGACCCCCCUCGAAAUGCCCCAAAUAUUGGGGAACGACCCACAAGUGGUCUCGGACUGGGAGGUGCCAGGGAGGACCUGAACCGGCACUCCCCAAACUAUUAGAAGCUCCUGACCCCUUGGCUUCAUAAACCAACCCCACAUUUGUUCAGGUGAAGGUAAAGGACCCCUGAUAGUAAAGGACUGAGCUCCCGUUGCUCAGUCCCUGCUCCUGCCAACCUAGCAGUUCGAAAGCACGUCAAAGUGCAAGUAGAUAAAUAGGUACCGCUCCGGCGGGAAGGUAAACGGCGUUUCCGUGCGCUGCUCUGGUUCGCCAGAAGCGGCUUAGUCAUGCUAGCCACAUGACCUGAAAAAGCUGUCUGCGGACAAACGCCAGCUCCCUUGGCCUGUAGAGCGAGAUGAGCGCUGCAACCCCAGAGUCAUCCGCAACUGGACCUAAUGGUCAGGGGUCCCUUUACCUUUAACUAUGGAAAGGCGGCAUGCAAAUAAAGUGAUUGAUUGAUUGAGCGCUGUUAAACAGGAGGAAUAUGAGGGCCUUUGUGUGUCAAGGUAAAGGGACCCCUGACCAUUAGGACCAGUCGUGACUGACUCUGGGGUUGCGGCGCUCAUCUCGCUUUACUGGCCGAGGGAGCCGGCGUACAGCUUCCGGGUCAUGUGGCCAGCAUGACUAAGCCGCUUCUGGCAAACCAGAGCAGCGCACGGAAACGCCGUUUACCUUCCCGCCGGAGCGGUACUUAUUUAUCUACAGUCAUACCUCUUGUUACGUUUGCUUCAGGUUAAAUCUUUUCAGGUUGCGUCCCACGGCGUCCCAGAAGUACUGGAAAGGGUUACUUCCGGGUUUUGCCACUUGCGCAUGCGCAAAUGCUCAAAAUGGCGUCAUGCGCAUGCACGGAAGCGGCUAAUCACGACCCGCGCAGACACGGGUUGUGUUCUGCUCAUGUUGCGAACGGGGCUCUGGAACGGAUCCUGUUCACAACGGAGGUACCACUGUACUUGCAUUUUGGGCAUGCUUUCGAACUGCUAGGUUGGCAGGAGCUGGGACCGAGCAACGGGAGCUCACCCCGUCGCGGGGAUUCGAACCGCCGACCUUCUGAUCAGCAAGUCCUAGGCUCUGUGGUUUAACCCACAGCGUCACCCGCGUCCCAUUUGUUCAAAACCCACUUAGAACUGUUGAGUUUAAUUCAGCAAAAUGGAUCAACUCGAUCCAGGGGUGCCAGCUGCAGUCCCAUUGCCUCUUAGCGCCCCCUAGGUAAGCCCACAGUCCUCCAGGGGCUGCCACCCAUUUUGGGAACCUCUGAUCUAAAGGAAGGGGGGCGGCUGGAGCUCCGUGCGAGAGCAUCUGGGUCCCGGGUUCAGUUCCUGACAACUGCAAGUAGGGCUGGGAGAGGUCUUGCCUGAAACCCCAGAAAUCCGCAGUCAGUGUGCAGACAAUGAUCUGCCUCUGAAAAAGGCAGCUUGGCCCCUUGAAAGCACCCCAAUAAACAGAUGCUCUCGCACGGAGCUCCCUUGGCUAUUUGCUUCUGCUCAAAAAGCCUCUGUGUUAAUUGAGCAACACUAAAGCGCAUUGAAGGGCAUUGUUCAUUUUAAAUUCAGAGCGCUUUUGUUCCGCUCUUCAGGGGGAAAGGGGGCUCCCAGAGAUGUCAGUGGCAAAGCACUCCCUGCUCUCAAUCUUACAAUCUCAAGCUGCUUUCACGGUUUUUUGUCUGUUUUUGAGGUGGGAUCUUUGCCUUAAUUGAGCAACACUAAAGCACAUUGAAGGGCAUUGUUCAUAUAAAAAUCAGAGCGCUUUUGUUCCGCUCUUCAGGGGGAAAGGGAUGUCUACAAAUGUAAGGCAAAGUACUUCCUGCUCUCAAUCUUACAGUCUCAAACUGCUUUUUUUGUCUGUUUUUGAGGUGGGAUCUUUGCCUUUCACGCCCAUGUGUGAAUUUUGCGUAGUGUCUGCAUGUCACAACUGACAUUCCAGUACAUCCGUGCUUUAAUUCAGACCUCCCUUUUUCUGGGGGAAACCUGCUACGUUAAAAAACAACAACCCGUUCGCUGUAGCUCAGCGAGCUGUUUGUCGUAUUAAGCCUCCCGUGUGGAAGACACGACACUAGAGGGAAAGGAGUGUGGAGGGAGGAGGAAAACAGAAAACCCCAGCACUCUUCCUGAGCUUGCAGAGCGAUGCGCCUAUAUGAUAUCAACCGCUGAAUGGACGCCCUUGUUCCUGCCAGAGUAGAGAGACAAGGAAGGGGGCAUUUUGAGCCUUUCCUGUUCCUAACGCCUCUCUGCUCUGCCCAACAGAUCAUGGCGAAGAACGAGGGGCACACGGUCCUGCUGGCGGUGGACGGCGUUGACCAGCUGACCCUCAACCACGUCUCCGAAGCUAUCGUGGAGGCCCCUGUCUUCGCCCUGCGCAUUGGCGUCGGGGGCUUGCUGAUCCCCACGGAGGAGCUCCUUCUCCCAGUAAGAGAGCCUGUCCCCCUCCUUGUACGCUAGAAGGGGCUGCAGGUGGGGGCUGGAGCUCCUUGGCACAGGUAUGGCUGGAGGAGCCAACAGUAGGUGGCGCUAGAGGGCACUGUUUCUGCAUCAGGACCCCCGUCUCCGGCAGCAUAGAGCGGUUUGUUGGGGCUGCAAUAUCUGGAGACUGGUCCUCUUGCAGUGUCAAGCAUUGCUCUGGAAUUGCUCUUGAAAAUAUUGGGGGGCUGCCCCCUGCCCCCCCAGCUGGUGAGCUUGGAUCCCUCUGGUGGUGGAGGUUAGAAAGAAACCAGGUCACUGAUAAUAAUAAUAAUAAUAAUAAUAAUAAUAAUAAUAAUAAUAAUUUAUUAUUUAUACCCCGCCCAUCUGGCUGGGCUUCCCCAGCCACUCAGGGCGGCUUCCGACACAAUAUUAAAAUACAGUAAUGCCUCAAACAUUAAAAGCUUCCCUAAACAGGGCUGCCUUCAGAUGUCUUCUAAAAGUAUAGUAGUUGUUUCUCUCUUUGACAUCUGGUGGGAGGGAGUUCCACAGGGUGGGCGCCACCACCAAGAAGGCCCUCUGCCUGGUUCCCUGUAGCUUUGCUUCUCGCAGUGAGGGAACCGCCAGAAGGCCCUCGGAGCGGGAGCUCAGUGUCCGGGCAGAACGAUGGGGGUGGAGACGUUCCUUCAGGUCUACUGGGCCUUUGAGGCCGUUUGGGGCUUUCAAGGUCAGCACCAACACUUUGAAUUGUGCUCGGAAACGUACUAGGAGCCAAUGUAGGUCUUCCAGGACCGGUGUUAUGUGGUCUUGGCGGCCGCUUCCAGUCCCCAGUCUAGCUGCCGCAUUCUGAAUUAGUUUUAGUUUCCGGGUCACCUUCAAAGGUAGCCCCACAUAGAGCGCAUUGCAGUAGUCCAAGCGAGAGAUAACCAGAGCAUGCACCACUCUGGCAAGACAGUCUGCGGGCAGGGAGGGUCUCAUCCUGCGUACCAGAUGGAGCUGGUAGACAGCCGCCCUGGACACAGAAUUGACCUUCGCCUCCAUGGACAGCGGUGAGUCCAAAAUGACUCCCAGGCUGCACACCUGGUCCUUCACAUGGAUAGAGCCCCUGUUUGAUGGAUGGAUGGAUGGAUGGAGGGUUUCUAAGAAUCCUAUAUCGUUCUUCGUCCAAACAGAUCCCAGGGCAGCGUGCAAGAACCCACCAUUCCUGUCAGUUUAAUGUUUAUUUAUUUUAUUAAACAAAAUAAACCCAAGACAAAUCACAUGGAGAAAUAUGGUUUCAGCGCAAGGUUGGACGUUAUCGUUGAACUUGCUCUUCCAAAACAGUACAAAAAAUACCCCUUUUUCCAUAGUUCAGCCAGUGGAACAUUUUGGAGUUGUGGGUUCGAGAUCCACGUCGGGCAAAAGAUUCCUGCAUUGUAGGGAGUUGGGCUAGAUCAGGGGUAGGCAAACUAAGGCCCGGGGGCCGGAUCCGGCCCAAUCACCUUCUCAAUUCAGCCCGUGGACGGUCCAGGAAUCAGCAUGUUUUUACAUGAGUAGAAUGUGUGCUUUUAUCUAAAAUGCAUCUCUGGGUUAUUUGUGGGGCAUAGGAAUUCAUUCAUACUUUUUUUCAAAAUAUAGUCCGGCCCCCCACAAGGUCUGAGGUACAGUGGACCGGCCCCCUGCUGAAAAAGGUUGCUGACCCCUGGCCUAGAUGAUUCAUAAUCCCGUGAGGCUGGUUUAUAUGUAUUCUUUCGUUGUAAAUCAGCUUAAUCAAAUGGACAACAUUUUCUCCAUCCAUUCAGAUAUAGCAGGAAAUACGCCCUGCACCCCCGCUCCCCAAAUUUUAGCUUUUACAAUCUUAGCAGCAGUUGUACGGUUAAACGUUAUAAUUGUACUAAAGCGUCAUAACAAAUCUCCUCACGUACCAUCGAAGCAGCAGAAGUCAGGUUUGAAUUUCUGUCGCCCCAGCUGCCUCCACAGAAACAGAAUUAGCUGCAGCCUCAGGCGAAGAAAUCUGAACGGCAAUAACAUCCCUUAAUCUCUACGGUGCAAACCAAAACACAGUUUCCUCCGGCAACUUAGCUGGGUACGAGAGACAGCUGUCUAUCACAGGGGUAGGCAACCUAAGGCCCGGGGGCCGGAUCCGGCCCAAUCGCCUUCUCAUUCCAGCCCACAGACAGUCCGGGAAUCAGCGUGUUUUUACAUGAGUAGAAUGUGUCCUUUUAUUUAAAAUGCAUCUCUGGGUUAUUUGUGGGGCAUAGGAAUUGGUUCAUUCAUUCCCCCCCCCCCAAAAAAAAUAUAGUCUGGCCCCCACAAGGUCGGAGGGACAGUGGACCAGCCCACAGCUGAAAAAGGUUGCUGACCCAUGGCCUAUCACAACAGACCCACAAAUAUAUGUGUGUGGGGGAAAUAGAUUACCGUAUUUUUUGCUCCAUAAGAUGCACUUUUUUCUUCCUAAAAUGUAAGGGGAAAUGUCUGUGUGUCUUAUGGAGCGAAUGCGUGGUCCCUGGAGCCGAAUUGCCCAGGUGCAAAAAGCAGAUCAUGCUUUUUUUUUUUGAAAGAGGAAAGUGGGUGUUGAAACAAAGCCGCUGAUCGUUCGCCCAAUUGGGGAGAGAGAUAAGGGGCGCUAGAGAUAAAGGAGGCUGCCUGGGAGGGGGAGGUAAAGACAGCAAACUUGCAAAGGGGGGAAACAGGAAAACUAAAGCAAUAAGAAGAGAAAUUAGAAGAAAGGAGGAGCAAAAAACUGCUCCAGUUAAGGAAAUGACACUAAGGCAAACAAGAGGGAAGGGAGUGUUGAAAGGAAACAGCUGAUCGGUGGGAUCGCAAGAGAAAUAAGGGAGGCUAGAGGAGGCUGCCUGGGAGCGGGGAGGUAAAAGCCCAUGGAUCCUCAGGGUUUUUGCAUUGGUCACCCCAAAUUCACCAUCAGAUCACAUGUCUGUGGCCACAGCAUGAACCACAAAAAUCAUACACCCAGUGUUUUCCUCCUCUAAAAACUAGGUGCAUCUUAUGGUCAGGUGCGUCUUAUGGAGUGAAAAAUACGGUACAUGAAACUAGGAGUGCAAAUCGGUCUAGAAAACCCACACUCAGAAGAGGGGGGCUUAUUUUGAAAUGAAUUGCAAUUUGCAAUGUGCCCCACGGUCAUCUCGUCCAACCCCGUACAAUGCAGGAAUCUCAACGACAUCUGCUUAAAAAUCUUCAAGGAAGGAGAGUCCACCACUUUCCAAGGGAGUCUGUUCCCCUGUUGAACAGCUCUUGCUGUCAGAAAGUUCUUCCUAAUAUUUAGUCGGAAUCUCCUUUCUUGAAACUUGAGGCCAUGGGUUCGAGUCCUACCCUCUGGAGCAGGAGAAAGCAAGCUUUCUCCAUCUUCCGUGUGAUACACCUUCAGAUACUGGAAGAUGGCCCUCAUAUCUCCUCCUGGUCUCCUCUAAUCAAAACAUACCCAGCUCCUUCGACCGCUCCUCAUCAGGCGUGGUUUCCAGACCCCUGGUCAUCUUGGUCAACCUUCUCUGCACAUCUUCCAGCUUGUCAACAUCCUUCUUAAAUUGUGGCUCCCAGAACUGGACACAGGAUUCCAUGUGGGGUCUGACGAAGGCAGAGUAGAAGAAUAUUAUGACUUCCCUUGACUUGGAGUCAGGAGUCAGCAAACUUUUUCAGCAGGGGGCCGGUCCACUGUCCCUCAGACCUUGUGGGGGCCGGACUAUAUUUUGAAAAAAUAAAUAAAUGAACAAAUUCCUAUGCCCCACAAAUAACCCAGAGAUGCAUUUUAAAUAAAAGCACACAUUCUACUCAUGUAAAAACACACUAAUUCCUGGACCGUCCGCAGGCCGGAUUAAGAAGGUGAUUGGGCUGGAUCUGCCCCCCCGGGCCUCAGUUUGCCUUCCCAUGGGUUAGAUCUGGCUUCCUCAACCUCGGCCCUCCAGAUGUUUUUGGCCUACAGCUCCCAUGAUCCCUAGCUAGCAGGACCAGUGGACAGGGAUGAUGGGAACUGUAGUCCCGGGCCUUAGUUUGCCUACCCAUGACCUGGAUACAAGGCUUCUGUUGAUGCAGCCUAGAAUAGCUCUUUAUUCCGUAGCACAGCUGUUCUCAACCUGUAAGUCCCCAGAUGUUGUUGGACUACAACUCCCAUCAUCCCUGAGCUCCGGCAUCGCUAGCUAGGGAUGAUGGGAGUUGUAGUCCAACAACAUCUGGGGACCCACAGGUUGAGAACCACUGCGCGUAGCACCACACCACUGUCUCACGCUCCCCUGGGACCCCUAUAUCCCUUUCCACAUGCGCUGCUGUCGAGUUGGGGGGUGUGAUAGGAAUUUUAUGGUCUUAGAUAUAUGGUAAUGUUCAUAAGUGUACCAACCAAGCAUGUACAUAGAUCAGCACAAGAAGGCUAACCUGGAACCAUUUUGAUUCCUAAACUGAGCAAAUGUUUUCUCUGCAAGGUCAAAGUGGAAAAGCCUCCCCAUUGUCUUUUCCUUCACAAAUCCUGUCUUAAGGGUAUGUCUCUGUUUGAAUAGGGUGUGAGCCUGUGACCUGGCCCAGGAACUAAGUAUUUAUCAUUACAAAAGACUGGCCAGGCUCCCCAGGAAAUCCAAUCAAGUAUCCUACCAGACAGGAGAUAAACAACAACGGGAGAAAAACAAUAUUAAAAUGUUCCGCCUUUUUUGUGAUGUAGGUGUGAUGUAUCUGAGGGGUGGUCUUAGGUUACACCCCUUAUGUGAUGUAGCUAUGAUGUUUCUGGGGGUGGUCCUGAUCUACAGGAUGGGAAUUUCCAAAGUCUUUAUAAGGCCUUGCACGCCAUUUUUCUGGGUCCUCCUCUUUUCCUGCGUGUGAGGGGAGCACCCUGUUGCAACAGAUCAAUAAAGAUCAAGCUUACUAGCUGCUUUGCUUCUCAAUAUUCUCUGGUUGGCCUCUGUUAUUCUCUCCUACCAAUAGGGAACCUAUGUAAGGACUCUAUAUGGGCUCUUGGAUACCCCAUAAGGGAAAAAGAACAGAUUUUGUUUACAACAGGGGCUCACACCCUAUAUCUCCACCCCUAGUUUUUCCUCCCUAAGUGCAGAACCUUGCAUUUGUCCCUGUCGAAUUUUGGUUUUCCUCUCCCUGCUCUUCACCCUCUUCGCUCUCUUUCCCUUCCAGCUCAACCCAGCCAUGGACGGCUGCAUGAGGCGAUGGAAUUGGCUGAACAAAAGCACUGAGUGGCUGGAAGGGACGUCCCUGGAGGACAAAGACACCAAGGUCUGCUUCCCCACCAUCCGCAGGGGGAGUUUCUUCCCAGGGAAUGGACUGGCCACCUUCUCCCUAUCAGGUACCAGCCGGGCAGGACCCCACGAAUGUCUCGCUCCCCCAAUUCUGCAACCCAAGCCUAGAUCUCUGUUCCUUUGAGCUGAAAAGCAAAAGCCACAGACCUUCCAUUGUGAUGCAAUCCUGAAACUGGUUGCCUUAAGGCCAGACUGCCGCAAUGCCCUCACUGUGGGGCUUCCCUCGCGGUCGAUCUGGAAGCUGCUGUGAGUGAGGGAAACUGCGGCCCGGUUCCUGAAUUAUGGGCAAUUAGACUUAUGAACCUUAGUGGUACACCCAGCACAACUUUGUUGUUGUUUAAUCGUUUAGUCGUGUCCGCCUCUUCAUGACCCCCUGGACCAGAGCACGCCAGGCCCUCCUGUCUUCCACUGCCACUCACAGUUUGGUCAAACUCAUGCUGGUAGCUUCGAGAACACUGUCCCACCAUCUCGUCCUCCGUCCUCCCCUUCUCCUUGUGCCCUCCAUCUUUCCCAACAUCAGGGUCUUUUCCAGGGAGUCUUCUCUUCUCAUGAGGUGGCCAAAGUCUUGGAGCCUCAGCUUCAGGAUCUGUCCUUCCAGUGAGCACUCAGGGCUGAUUUCCUUCAGAAUGGAGAGGUUUGAUCUUCUUGCAGUCCAUGGGACUCUCAAGAGUCUCCUCCAGCACCAGAAUUCAAAAGCAUCUAUUCUUGGGCGAUCAGCCUUCUUUAUGGUCCAGCUCUCACUACUGGGAAAACCAUAGCUUUAACUAUACGGACCUUUGUUGGCAAGGUGAUGUCUCUGCUUUUUAAGAUGCUGUCUAGGUUUGUCAUUGCUUUUCUCCCAAGAAGCAGGCGUCUUUUAAUUUCGUGGCUGCUGUCACCAUCUGCAGUGAUCAUGGAGCCCAAGGAAGUAAAAUCUCUCACUGCCUCCAUUUCUUCCCCUUCUAUUUGCCAGGAGGUGAUGGGCCCAGUGGCCAUGAUCUCCGUUUUUUUUGGUGUUGAGCUUCAGACCAUAUUUUGCGCUCUCCUCUUUCACCCUCAUUAAAAGGUUCUUUAAUUCCUCCUCACUUUCUGCCAUCAAUGUUGUGUCAUCUGCAUAUCUGAGGUUGUUGAUAUUUCUUCCGGCAAUCUUAAUUCCGGCUAGGGAUUCAUCCAGCCCAGCCUUAGUCUUUAUACUAUCAACUAUCAAUCAGAGAUCUGCUGCCAGAGUUCAGGGUGUUCCUAUGAGUAUACCUUGGUUCGCGAACGCCUCGCGACUCAAACGCUCCUGAACGCCACAAACCCGGAAGUGAGUGUUCCGGUUUGCGAACGUUCUUUGGAACCCGGACGCCUGACAGGGCUUCUGAUUGGCUGCAGGAGCUUCCUGCGUGCAAUAAUUAUUUCUCCAUAUUUUUUCUUCCCAAUUUUUUUUGGUGUUGUUCCAGUCGUUCUCUCUCCUCUCAGUUAUGAUACAAUGAGGACUGUGUAACUCUCAAUAAGCUUAUAACCCCCCCUAUUCUCUCUCUCUCUCCCCCCCCCGCAACUCUCCCCCUCCAGGCCUCCCUACUGGAGUCAUCUCUGCCAACCGGAGCUGGUCCCUGACUGUGGAGAUGUGGAUCGGGGCCGCCCCGCAGUCAGCGCCCCUGCUGGCUACCUCCGCUUUCCCCCUGCGCUUAAGCCUGCAUCGCACGGUGAGGGCUGCAACACGUAGACCCCCGGGGAAGGUGGGGACGGAAGUGGCGUGCCCCCCAAAACAGCCCCACCAGGACGCCAGAGAACCUGAAAUAAUGGAAACAGGGGUGUACAAAAUGCAAAAAACAUUGGGCACAUGUGAACCGCAUGUUCAACAAAGAGUUUUGAUGCAGGGUGAACUGUCAUGGCUUCCUUCUCUCCCCCCCCAAAGAAUUCUGGGAGUUGUAGUUUCUUCAGGGUGCUGGGAGUUGUUAGAGCUACAUUUCCCAGAGUUCCAUGGGAAGAGGGAUGGGUGAUUAAACCGCUCUGGUCCCUGGCCAGCGUGGCCAUUCUCCCAUCAGCCCUUGCAACACAGGUGUGCUGGAAUGAUGGGAGUUGUAGUUCAAAAUGGAUGGAAGACCCCAGGUUGCCUGUCGACCAAUCGCUCCGGUCUGACCGCACCAAGCAUCUGGCCAAAGAUGGACGGGACAGCCUACCCUCCUGCAAACGUGGGUUGGAGGGGAAUUUGGUAUACCUGAAGGAGCGUCUCCAUCCCCAUCGCUCAGCCAGACACUGAGGUCCAGCUCCGAGGGCCUUCUGGCGGUUCCCUCCCUGCGAGAAGUGAGGUUACAGGGAACCAGGCACAGGGCCUUCUCGGUGGUGGCGCCCGCCCUGUGGAACACCCUCCCACCAGAUGUCAAAGGAAAAAACAACUACCAGACUUUUAGGAGACAUCUGAAGGCAGCCCUGUUAAGGGAAGCUUUUAAUAUCUCAAGGACUAUUGUAUUUUAAUAUUUUGUUGGAAGCCGCCCAGAGUGGCUGGAAAAACUCAGCCAGAUGGGAUAUAAAUAAUAAAUUAUUAUUACAGUGGUACCUCGGGUUACAUACGCUUCAGGUUACAGACUCUGCUAACCCAGAAAUAGUACCUCGGGUUAAGAACUUUGCUUCAGAAUGAGAACAGAAAUCGUGCUCUGGCAGCGUGGCAGUAGCAGGAGGCCCCAUUAGCUAAAGUGGUGCUUCAGGUUAAGAACAGUUUCAGGUUAAGAACGGACCUCCAGAACGAAUUAAGUACUUAACCCGAGGUACCACAUUAUUAUUAUUAUUAUUAUUAUUAUUAUUGAUAUCAUCAUCAUCUCUGGUCAUGGCACCAGCCAACACCCACCUUUGGGGAAACAUCAGAUUUCGCCACCACCCACCUUUUUUCCUGCCUGUCAUGUGUCUGUGAGUUCCAGAGAUCUCUCUUGGCUGGCCAGGUUCCUAACCUCCUGCCCUUCUCUCUCCCCCCAUUUCAUGCUCCAGGAUCUGACGGCUCACCUGGGGAACAAGACGGUCCUUCAGGUGCCCUUCCCCCUGGGGGGCUGCCUGGACGCCCCCCUACUCCUGAGCAUCACCCCGUCCCACGCCACGCUCCGCCUGGGUGACGCAGAGACCUCAAAGCCCACCCCGAAACUGGAUUUCGAAAGCCUGAAGCACGUCUGGCUGGGGAAAAAGGGGGAUUUCGUCGUCGGGGGGCUGCCUGGUACGUGUCCCCAUAAGAAUUGUGUGUGCCCCCCCUGCAAAGGGUGGGGAAUCUCAGCUCCAGGAUGUGGCCCCCAGACCUCUCCACCUGGCCCUCUGAACCUUCCCCCAGGCUGCACCCCUUACCAUCUUCCUAGAGAGGUUUUGUUGUUGUUGUUUAGCCGUUUAGUAGUGUCCGCCUCUUUGUGACCCCCUGGACCAGAGCACGCCAGGCACUCCUGUCUUCCACCGCCUCCCGCAGUUUGGUCAGACUCAUGCUGGUAGCUUCGAGAACACUGUCCCACCAUCUUGUCCUCCGUCGUCCCCUUCUCCCUGUGCCCUCCAUCUUUCCCAACAUCAGGGUCUUUUCCAGGGAGUCUUCUCUUCUCAUGAGGUGGCCAAAGUCUUGGAGCCUCAGCUUCAGGAUCUGUCCUUCCAGUGAGCACUCAGGGCUGAUUUCCUUCAGAAUGGAGAGGUUUGAUCUUCUCGCAGUCCAUAGGACUCUCAAGAGUCUCCUCCAGCACCAGAAUUCAAAAGCAUCCAUUCUUUGGCGAUCAGCCUUCUUUAUGGUCCAGCUCUCACUUCCAUACAUCACUACUGGGAAAACCAGAGCUUUAACUAUACGGACCUUUAUUGGCAAGGUGAUGUCUCUGCUUUUUAAGAUGCUGUCUAGGCGGGUGGCACGGUGGGUUAAACCACAGAGCCUAAGAUGUGCCAAUCAGAAGGUAGGCGGUUCGAAUCUCCAUGACGGGCUGAGCUCCCGUUGCUCGGUCCCAGCUCCUGCCCACCUAGCAGUUCGAAAGCACACCAGUGCAAGUAGAUAAAUAGGUACCGCUCCAGCGGGAAGGUAAACAGUGUUUCUGUGUGCUGCUCUGGUUCGCCAGAAGCGGCUUAGUCAUGCUGGCCACGUGACCCGGAUAAACUGUCUGCGGACAAACGCCGGCUCCCUCGGCCAAUAAAGUGAGAUGAGCACCGCAACCCCAGAGUCGGUCAUGACGGGACCUGAUGGUCAGGGGUCCCUUUAGGCCAUUGCCUAUAAGUGCAUAUAAAUCAUCUUUCCUCCAUUGUGAUACCCACCCAUUCCGUUCCACUUCUGUUUCAUUGCAGGACAGGAAAAAUUCCCGGCAGCCCAGGAGAGGAGUUUCUUCCGUGGCUGCCUGCGUGGGAUCCGGGUUCAAGGCCACGAGCUGGACUUUGACGAGGUGCAAUCCAGAAGCAACUCUAUCUGGCCCCACAGCUGCCCCGGAGCCGACGUAGGGCAGGCCAAGGCGGACCAAGAGGAGUAGGGAGUACGUCGGUGCAUCUUUUCCCGCGGAGCCGCCCUCCUUCUCCCAAGCAAAAGCACCCCCCGUCUCCUGCCCCCGCCCCCGGGCUCACUAAGGCCCCCUUUGCACAUUUAACGCUCUCAACAGGCAUGGCUUCUCCCCCAAGGGAUCCUGGGAAAUGUAGUUUGCCAGGGGCGCUGAAAACAGGAGAGACAGGAUGCUGGUGCGACCUGUCCAGCCCAGCUUCCCGUUUUCACGGCGGCCGCGCCCAUGAGCAGGAUCCAAGUGCAAGAGUCGCUAUCCCAGCUGUGGGGGCAGUGCAUAGCCAUUGCGGCAAGGAGCCUCUGACAGCUCUCUCCUCCAUGAGGGUUGUAAGGCCGUCUGUCAUGGUGCUUUAGCUGGGAAUCCUGCAUUGCAGGGGGUUGGUUUGGAUGACCUUCAGGGGUCCCUUCCGACUCUACGACUCUGUGAUUCCAAGGAGACCCUAUACCCCUCAGCGACAUACAAUUCCCAUAGCUGGUGGUUAAACUACUCUGCGGAUGGUUCCUCCAUGAACAGAGGACUCUCCUCUUUUUUUCCCUUUUUAAAAUUUUUUAUUUUUACAAAGUAAUCAUCACAAAUAAAUAAGACAAAGUAAUCAUCACAAAUAAAUAAGGAUAAAAAUGUGCACCCCACGCCCCCGAGGCCUUUCCAUUAUAACCAUCCAACCUCCCAAAAUUUCGACACCUCCAGCAAUGGUUUGACCCCUUUCCGUUUUGACAAAUUCUAUUAACACCUUCCCUAUCGCCUCAAAAUCAUUUCUCCUGUGUAUUCCCUGUCUUAGGAAGGGCAGAUGUUAAUUUAUCAUAAAUAGCUAUAUCCCACACCUCUUUAUAGCAUUCUUCCAUUUUAUAUUCCCUUGGCCCUUCCGCUUCCUAGCUAUCAUAAUUCGUGCAGCUGUCAAUAAAUUUGUGAACAAGUCCUUCGUAGCCUGCGAACUGUCCGCCCCAUCAUAAAUUGAUAAUAAUGCAACCUCUGGACUUUUGGUCAGCUUUAAGCCAGUGAUUUCUGUUAUCUCUUUAAACACCCUUUGCCAAAAAAUUGUAUUUACACAUGUGAACAUGAUUCCCUGUUUCCUGGCAUCCCAGAGGAGUUUCCUAAGGACUCUCAGCACCCUUAACAAACUAUAGCUCCCAGGAUCCUUUGGGGGACGACGACACACUGUUUAAAACGGCGUGAUUCUGCUUUAAAUGCGCAGUGCAGACAAGGCCUCAGUCCGAUGCGUUGUUGUGCAAUUGCUGAGUGGCUGGGAAUGGCCUGACCAGAUUUCGGUUGUGAUUGCGGGCGGUUGUGCGAGGUUUUGCGUGUGUGUUGUGUGUAGGGACAGGGCGGCGAUUGAAUCUGGCAGUCUCAGCUUCCUUUACUUUCAUGUUGCUGUUUUUCCAGUCCUAAGCGUGGUGCUUCCCAUUUUUACGGCAGUCUGCCAUUUUUAAACAGAAAAGAAAUCCUUGUGAAAGUUCAUCAGCAUCUUGGUGCAAAUUUAUUUUCAUGUACGCAUUUUUUUAAUGCUGUUUUGCUUGAUAUAGACAUUUUUGCAAAGCGAUUUUCCCUAAUUUAGUGCAAUUUUGGGGGAUAUGUUUUAUAUAUACAGUAUAGAUAUAUAUAUAUAUAUAUAUAUACACACACACACAUAUAUACACACACAUUUAUGUAUAUGCAUUUAUAUGCACACUUUAGCUUAGUACAGUACGUACGCAUUAUUUCUCCUGUACACAUUUCUUGGCCGGAGACAGCUGCAUUGGAAACUCAAAAAGAGAAAUACAAAUUUCAAAGGAUGGAUGUGUUUCUGUUUGCAUAGCGUUUUUGGAGUAGCUAGGUUCUGCUUUAAAUACAAACUGAACUGAAUCUCCCCCCAGUCCCUUCUGGGUGUGGGAACUUGCCCCUGGCAAGUCAAAAAUUCUCCUGGUUUUGACUGAACUUAGCUUACCCAAGACAGCCAAACACCUCGCGGUGAGUGACUUUAUAAAAAAGGAAGUAAAGGGCCGCUGGAGAUCAUCCCCCCUAUUUACUCAGGAGUAAGCCCCGCUGUUCUCAAUGGGACAUGUAGGGUUGCAGCUAGGCCAGGCACCCCCAAACUCGGCC